CGCCCGGCGCCCCCCGAGAGGGCGGCGGGCGCCCCCCGGGGAAGAUGAAGGCGGAGGGGGGCGACCACUCCAUGAUCAACCUGUCGGUGCAGCAGGUCCUGAGCCUCUGGGCCCACGGGACGGUGCUGAGGAACCUCACAGAGAUGUGGUACUGGAUCUUCCUCUGGGCUCUCUUCUCCUCGCUGUUUGUCCAUGGUGCUGCAGGAGUGCUGAUGUUUGUGAUGCUGCAGAGGCACAGGCACGGAAGAGUGAUCUCCGUCAUUGCAGUCAGCGUUGGCUUUCUGGCCUCUGUAACUGGAGCAAUGAUUACUAGUGCAGCGGUCGCUGGCAUCUACCGAGUCGCUGGAAAGAACAUGGCCCCUUUGGAAGCACUGGUGUGGGGUGUUGGGCAGACUGUAUUGACAUUAAUCAUCUCCUUCUCAAGGAUCCUCGCUACACUCUGAGGUUUCUGAGGGAAUGUCCUGUUUCACGUAAGAAAACAGAUGUACAGAUUUCCUGAAGAUGGCAUUGUUGGCAAGUGGAAAGGAAGUGCAAAACCGUGGCCGGAGCAAGUCAAAGCCUAAGAAGACCUCAUGCUGUGUGGAAAGACAGCCCUCUGGUGUUCAAGCGAUUGCACUACCGCCCUGCACCUUAUGUGCCUCCGUCCCAGGCAAGGUGCACCUAGACACUACGUGAAUCCACAAGAAAAGCACCUUGUUUAGCUGCCCAUCAGGUUAACUUUGGCGUUCAGAUCAUCAUUCUUAACAGUGUUGUGUUGAGUUCCAGGGACGUUUUGAGGAAUUGAUACAUGUGCCAAACUCUUCUUUUUGUUCACAUUGAUCAUGUGAUGAUUUGCAAGUGUAGCUAUAGAUGAGUGCUGUGAACAUGUUUGACAUGAGUUUGAGUAAGCCUUUGUUUUGUGUGCUCAGUCCUGUAUGAGUGCUAAAUACUGAAUCUUUUAAUGUGAGAAAAAUUACUUGGUUUUUAAUGUUGAGCAUCUCGGGGAUUUAGGGUUUUAGUAUGUUUAGGCAUUAUUGUUAUUGAACUUAUAAUAAUAGUCUUCUUAGAGGAAGACUAGCUAAACUGUUUUAAGGACUCAAAUUAGAUCUAUAGGGUGCAUACUUUUCGCUAACUUAACACCCUUUUAAUAGUUUUCGUCAUGCAUAAAUAUUGUUUAUAUGAAUUAAAAAUUUGUUUCACACACUGUCAUUUGUGUGUCAUAAAAUAUAAUUUGAAAAUUCUGUUAUAAACUUUGUAAGGAAAAAAGUCUGGAAUGCAAGUUACAUUCUUUGUCCCUUCUAAAAAAAGCUUUUGCCCUGUAUCUCAUGGAGAUACUAUCUUUAUAAUUAAUAUGGUAAUGGGAUUAUCCAUGUAUCUUGAUUUUUGACAAACCUGUCUUUCAUUCUGGAGUAUUAACUAUGUACAGAAUGGCCUAAAUUAGGCUCUGGAAGUAAAAAGCUUCAUUCGUAGAUAAAUAACUAGUAAGUUACACAGGAAGAAUAAUAGACUGUCUUACUUUGGCUGUGUGGCAGUGUCAUGAUUCUGCUAAUACUGGGGAAUAUAGUAAAUAAUUUAAAAAAUUGUCAGUUUCAGCCUAUCAACACAGUACAGAACAUAUACUCAUAUGAUUCAUUUCAGUUUUGAGUUCUUGAUACACUGAACAGUUUUUAAGUUGAGAAGUUAUGAUAUAAGUUUACUAGACUCAUCACUUUUGCUAACAAUGGAAAUGUCCUUUGUAUAACACUCUUUAAGAAGUUUUGGUAAUGCACAGUUGCUUAUAAGAAUAUAAGAAGUAGGUACAAUUCAACCCUGGUUGAAUGGGUCUCCUAUGAGACUUUUUGGGCACCAGUUGCAGUUAUAAAUGUGCUAACUUCAGGGAAGACCCACAGCAGAGACAUUAAGGAGAAUUCAUUAACCAACCCAGCAACCUACCUUUUUGUUUAACUUGGUUUUACUUUUUUUAGUAGGUUUCUUUUAUAUCCUGUGAAAUUUCAGCUCCACCAAAAUGAGUAUAUCAACUGAGUGAGGUGUUAAGGAGUACAGUCCAUGUUAGGGGUUUAUUAGUAUUGUGGCUUAGAAGCUUAUUUUAAAAAAUAAGCAACUGUGUGUUCUGAUAGAUCUUUGUGGUAAAUGUUAAGCUUAAUUCUUUAUGGUGCAAAAGCCUAUUAUUAUUUUCAUAUGUUAUUUAUAUUCUUGGUGUUUCCUCAAAUUAAAUUUAGAUAUAACUUUUUCAAGUCAGUUUGAUUUUCCUUUUCUGAUAGACUCCAAUUGUGAUCUUCCUCUACUUUGGCUGUGUUCUUCCAGCAGAGUUACCAAUAAUAUGUGGAAAUUGUUUCAGAUGUACAGGUUGAAUAUUUAACAUACAAUUAUUUUUUAUUUAUAAAAGUUAUCAUGGUAAGAUAAUAUAGAACAUAUGGUUCAUAAUCCAGAAAAUAACUUGGAUGCAUUGAAUAUAUGAAUUAUGGACCAAAGAGAUUUGAAUUCUUAUUUUUAUUCUAGGAUAAAGUUAUGAUUGAGUGGUUAAUAAAUAGUGUGUGGGGUGCCCUGCAGUUAUGCCAGUAUCAAGUUGAUUUACAUUAAGAAUUGAGUGUGUUGUAUACUGAAAUACUUAGAUGGACAUUUUUGGUUUCUGUGCUGCUCUCAGUUAUUUACAUUGAGAAAUUGUGUAUCUGUCACUCUUGAUAUUUGAAAUGUAGUUGUAUAGUAUGAAUUUAUCAGUUGCUUUAAUAGCUGUUUAUAUGCUGAGUUUUUUAAAGUUAAUGGCUUUCCUAUAGAGACAAAUGUAUGUACCUAUAUGUGUACAUACAAAUGAUAUAUAUGUCUGUACAUAUGUAUCAUUAUAUACAUACAGAGAGAGAUAUGUGUGCAUACACACUCCAAUUGGAAAGCUUUUGUUUAAUGAACACUUCAGUGUUAGUGAAUUUGAUACAUUUGUUUGGUUGAAUGGUCUUCUGAAUAGAUUUGAAGAUGUUUGACAUUACGCCGGGAAAUUUUUCGGGGGGUAAUGGUGUGAGAAACCCUCGUUAGGGACAUGACGAAAGCUCUUAUUGAUGUAAUUUGGCUAUACUUUCUUAAAAAUUGUAUGUGAGUUAGCAGGGAAUUUUCUUUAUGGCAAGUACAAGUAGAUACUGAGGGAAUCCUCUGUGGUUGACACUAAAAAUGUUUAGCAAACUAUUGCUGAUAAUGGAUCAGUUCCCCAAAAAAGGAACUCCUGGACGCCCAAAGCCAUUGAGUAACAUCUGAUUAGAAAUAUCAGUAGAGCACAGUUAGCCAGGAGGGCCUCAGGUAAGCUACAAGCAGUACUUAAAAACUUUUUUUUUCUUUUUUUUAAAAAAAGGAAGUACACCUCACUACCCAUGGCACAGUUUGGUCAGUUACUGUGGAAAGUUCUGAAUUAUGGUGUAUUUAUUGUGUGCAGCUUGUUAUUUUAGAUCUUAGUGUUUACCAAGCAGUGUUAAUCUGUUACCCAAUAUGCAGUCUUUGUACUUGCUGCAUACAUUUUACCCGCUAGAGCCCCAAACCCACAUGCGGUGUGUUUGUACUUUAAAUGACAGAAAAGGAAGGGAAUAAGUUGGCCUCUUUAUUUUCUAUUUCUGAUGUAAAUAGAACAGGAACAGAGAUAAUUUCAAAAUCAGUGAAUAUUGUUAGAGUCUGGAACCUCCAGGUAAGAAGAGGAACAUGGGGCUGCCGCUCUUGCGCCCAUGCCAGCACCUUGGUGCCAGCUAACUCAGUUUUGUGAGCACUUCUUCCAGACCCACUGUGUGCAGUGCUAUACAGUGUUGUGUUGCGUAAGAACAAAUGGGCUUCCUGCCUUCCAGCCCACUAAGAGCUAGCGAAACAAUUUCAGAUCUUAAAAAAUGCUGGCACAGUAUUUCACUUCCUGAUUUGGUUAGCAGUUCUGAUUCUGCCCCUACCUUAUGCAUAUUUUCCCAUUACAUCCGCUAAAUGGAAUUUUACUAGCUGAGAUGCUGUUGAUGUGACAGAGUGAAGUGUGCUCGACUCUAGAGGCGCAGACUUAGAAUCCAGCCUGUCACUUACCAUCCUUCUGAGCCAAGCAGUCCUUUAACUCUUCGAGCCUCAGUUCAUAUUCUGUGAAAUUAUUACGCUUUAUAUCAUUGUUAUGAGAAUUAUUUAUGAAUGGCACAGUGAUAUGUAAUUACAGUAAACGAUCAAUAGUCACCAGAAUUUUUUAAAAUUAUAAAUUUAAGAAAAAAACUAAAAAAGUGAUCUUGUAAUCUUACUCCUUUAUCUCCCCUCUACCCCUUUAUUUUUUAAAUCAGAUACUUGUCUAAGUACACUUUGGGAAUUGGUAGGACCAGCGUGGCUUGGGCAGUCAGGGUUACGUGAUGGGCUCCACUUAGCACAGGUUAGAAUAGAAUAGAAGCAGCCACGAUCUACUGCUUCACCGGUUCCUAUCUAUUUUCUAUAGAUUCGAUUCACUGAAAACAUUGGUUGGCUCUCUGGUAUACACAGAUUAUUAUCCUUGUUUAAGAGGUGGAGAAGCGAGUGAGGUGGAGCCCUUCGACCACACAGCCAGCCCUUUCUUCUUCUGCCUCAUUGGGCAUGCGGCUCUGCAGCACACUGCUGCUUCGGUUAGAAACGGGGGUGGUAGUGUCCACAUCCUACCCGUGGGCCAGGCCUGGGUGUGGCCCUGCUGCUGGUUUGUUGGGCCUCCUGUAUUACCCCAGAGGCAAUACUCUUUUAGAUAUAUACCCAUCUUGUCAUGCAGGAAGUAACACGAUGCUAAGAGCACCUUCUGAAGUAUCCCCAGCCGGCUGCUCUCCUGCUCUAAGUUUUCUCACAGAAAGCCUCACACAGAAUCUCUUUAAACAUAGUUUUCAGGAUAUGAGGGACAUGAAGUUACUGAAGAAAUUAGAAUUAAACUUUGAUUGUGGACAACUAGGUAAAUUUCUGUUUCCUUUAAUAAUCAGGAAUGAGGCUCUCAGUAAAAUGGACUAGUAAUCAAAUGCUCUGGUAAUCACUCUUCAUUUCUCCAUCUCUUUAAAAGUCUUCCAGGCAGAAGGAACAUAAUGUGAUUAAAAAGUUUAAUACUUUCAAAUGUGGCACCAAGAUGUUGCCGAGGGAAGUUUAAAGACAAGAAGCCGUGGUGGGGAGCUGCUGGGCCCAUGAAGCUCCUCGCAUCGCGAGAACAUAGCUCCUUUCCGCUGUGAGCCGCACGCGGGGUGCGAGCAUGUCCUGCUCAUCUGCACAGUUCGGUGUUCCUUCCUCGUGGGCACCCUGGCCACCGCGCACUUGAAGUCCUUUGCGUGCGUGCGUGCGUGUGUGCGUGUAUGAAAGAGAGAGAGAGAGUGAUUAUAGGUUUGCUCUUUUAAUUUGAGUAUCUUUGUCCUGUUACAGAGAAUGCUCUAUUACUAAGGUUGCUGUGAAUUAUUGAUCUCAAAACAUAGCUGUGAAUUUCGCAGAAACAGUAGUUAAUAUAUGAGGUAGUUUGACUUCAUAGUUAUAGGGUGAUGCACUGAUGAAUUCUUCAUUAAAUUAGCACUCCAGCUUCUGAAUGGAGUGAGCUAUGAACUGCAGUCAUCGCCCCUGCCUUUAGGAGGUCCUCUUCCCGUUCUCCACACUCAGUGCACAUGUGUGGAACUUGCACAGGAACUCUUCCUUGAUUUUAAGACCUAACUUAACAAUUUAUGUGAAGCCCUGCACCCCUUCUCCAAACAGAUGUCCUACAUUAUAGUUUAAACAUGUGGUUUUUUGAUAGAAGCUGGAGUGUUGGUUGAUUCAGAAGAGAAUUUUCAACACCUGUGGUUAUGCAGCCAGCAUCUCUUUGACAAUUAAAUAGCUGUAGGAAAGACAGGACAGCAUGACGCUCUUAUAUUUUACUUUAGGUUGUCUCCCCCACUCAUACACAGUAUAUUUUCCAUCAGUAAUAUGACUGUCUUCUUUUCUUGAAAUUCUUUAGGUCUAUACUGAAACUAGAAAGCAGUAUGCCACAAAUGUAUAGGAAGAGAGACUAAAAAUCCAUAAUCAUCUGAUGAAACUCAUGACUAUGACCUUUUUCCUGAAUAUGAAUUGGUAAUUACUAAAAAUCAUCACUGCUUUUAAAACCCUAUUUAAAUGGAUAUUUGCUUGAAAAUUCUGGUGAUAAAAAGCUUUUUAAAAAAUGUACAGUAUGUUGAUCUCAUCACUAUCUUUGGGAUGGGACACUUUUAAGUUUUCUCAUAGCAAGCAAGUUGAGGUGCUUGUUAGAGUAGGAAAAAAAUGGGUCACUUUGAGUACUGGCUGCGUGGCUGAACUAAUUGUUGACAUUUUCUUAGUGUUUGUAGUAUUGGGUGCCUGUGCUGUGGAGGAAUUCAAAGCGCUCUGACUCUCACCAACGUACACGCAGGGAGUCUGCGGGUUUAGAUGAACAAAUGUGAAAUUCCCUAGUAGUUUUACAUUUAAAUUUAUAACUUGUUAAAAUCCGUAUGAUUUCCUACCAUAAGUAUUACCCCUUGACUCCAAUCAUUUUGAGAGCAACUUUUUUAAAGUUAACUAGCUAAAAUGUUUUUAUUAGAGUACCAACUGUAUAGUUUACCCAGCAGACAUUGAAAGAUCACUGAUGAAUCGGUUAAAUCACAGUACCAUUUUAAAAAACUAAGUGAUGCCUUAGUGCCUUGAAAGCUACAAUACUUUUGCAAAGUGGAUCUAGCAGAAGUCAGAUUGGCACUGAUGAGUUGGCUGCGUAUGCGUCCCCUGUGGCUGGAGCUUGAGUCUGGGAAGGGUGUCAUGAGAACAGGCCUUGGCGGCUAGCCUCUUAGGAUUCGAUACAAAUCAGCUACCUAGCCAUGGGCUAGGACAGAUGACAGCUACUUUCAUUAUGUUCUCACGAUGUGGCAUUUUCCUCUAUCUUUUCCUUUUUCCAAGAAAGUAUGAAAUGGGGGAAAGUGUAGUCAAUCAUUUACAUUUUUAGUUUUAUUGUAAACUAGGGAACCUAGUGUGAACAAAAUUAGUUUUAUAUUGUAGUGUGUAUGGGGCAAACACUUUAUGUAACCUUUAGAAAUACGUUAAUCAGGGAUUUAUUUUUACUAUAGAAAUAUAUUAAAUGUACUGUGAAGCUUAAAGAUACGAAGAAUAAGCAUUGGAAGGGUAACACAAAAAAGCAAAAGCAUAUUUGACGAAGUACCCUGCAUUAUGUGAACACAACUUCCCUCUGUUACGACUAUAAGCUACACUGUAUGAGUAUGUGUACUGCAUGUUUACAUAAUACAGUUUAAUUUUGAAGGAUUAUUUAAAAAACUUUAUAUAGAAUACCUAACAAGCUGUAAAUAUUGUAUACUAUUGAUUUUUAAUUUUAUAUAAGCAAUUUUUUAUUUCCCAAUUCAUGUACAAAUCUCAUUGUGUAUAUAGCAUAAUUUCCUGGAGAACAUUUUGCAGUGAAUUCUAAGUAUUUUAAUUGUAGUAAGUAUCAGGUUAGCCUUAGAAAUGUUGGUCUUUAUUUAAAUUAUUUCUUUCACCACUCGUUUUUUUUUCCCACAGGGCAGCAAUAAACAUAUGCAACUUAUUUUUGAAUAUGAAAAAGUUGGUCUAACAAGACAAGAUUUGAGUUUCAGUUCAUUGCUUUAAAGAAAAGAUGCACAAUUAGUAUCAGUAUCAUCUGCUGUCUGGUCGUGGGCCAUUUCUGAGGCCUAUGUGUGGCUCUCUUUAUAAUGUACAGGGUGAACUCUGUUGAUAACACAAAAAACAUCUGUUAAAAGUGAAUCCAGCACUUAAAUGUCAUUACACAGAAUUUAUUGGAUUACAAAUUUGUAAUAUACAGUAUUUUAAUAAAGUUUCUGUAUUCAAUUUCAUGCACUUAUAUAUAAAUAAACCUGUCUUUGAAAGCUUUA